AUGUCGUACAUGUCCUGUCGUAUCUCAGGUACAGGUGAGGGAGAAGUGACUGAAGCUGAGCGGCUGCUGAAACCUUUCCGUCUCCGCUACCCUCGGGGAGCGAUAUUCCUCUUCUUUGCAGGCAGGACUGAGGAAAUCAAAGGGAACAUUGAUGAGGCGGUGGCGCUCUUUGAAGACGGCUGCAAGGCCCAGCAGGCGUGGAAGCAGUUCCACCACAUGUGCUACUGGGAGCUGAUGUGGUGCUUCACCUACAAGCGAGCGUGGAAGAUGGCGUACUUCUACGCCGACCUGCUGAGUCAGGAGAGCCGCUGGUCCAAGGCCAUGUAUGUUUACAUGAAAGCUGCGUACCUCAGCAUGCUGCCUGAGGACGAGGCCCGGCCUUUUGGGGAGGACGAGGUAGACCUCUUCAGACAAGUGCCCAGUUUCAAGCAGAAGAUAGCAGGGAAGUCUCCCCCGACUGAGAAGUUUGCCAUCAGGAAAGCGAGACGCUACAAGGCCCGCUGCCCCAUCAGGCUCCCAGUGCCAGUGCUGGAGAUGAUGUACAUGUGGAACGGCUUCAGUAUGAUCAGUAAACGACCCCAGCUGACUGAAGGCAUGAUGCAGGUUUUGGAGGAGGCAGAGCGCACCCUGCAGGAGGCUCCAG